UUACCAUUUGUACCGUUGUACGUACUCUUACCAAGGAGACCCGAGUUGCUGGAAAGGCGAUAAGUUGAAAACCCGUUUGGCGCCAUACCAUAUGUUCGACAAAAUUCCCGAGAGAACACAAAGCAAUCACAGGCAAGAGAGGAGGGAUCAAUAAAGCACAGAAUCUGCAAGUAGCUCCAAGCUUCUUUAAAUGGAGUCCUUGUCCAUCCCUACUCAAUUUACCGUUACGAGGUCCUCAGUGAGCGAAGCAACUAGAACCCACCUUACCUGGACGCGACCCAAGUUCAUAGAAUUGCCGAGGGGUUCCUCGAGAAGCAAAUAUUUGUCGAGAAGGCUGUGUUUGAGCAAAGGAAGUGAUGGGAUUAGACGAAAUCCACAUGGGGUUAGUGAGAUAGACGGCGUGAUCAUCGUCGACCAUGGUUCGCGGCGCAAGGAAUCGAAUCUCAUGCUAAAUGAGUUCGUGGCCAUGUUUAGAGAGAAAACUGGAUACCCAAUUGUAGAGCCUGCUCAUAUGGAGUUGGCAGAACCAUCUAUAAGAGAUGCUUUUGGUUCUUGUGUUGAACAAGGCGCAAAUCGUGUGAUCGUAAGCCCAUUUUUUCUCUUACCUGGACGACAUUGGCACAAGGAUAUUCCCUCCUUGGCUGCUGAAGCUGCAAAAGAACACCCUAAUGUGUCAUAUAUCGUAACUGCACCUCUUGGUUUGCAUGAUCUACUUGUGGAUGUUUUGAAUGAUAGGAUUCAACACUGUUUAAGCCAUGUAGCAGGAGAUGCAGAAGAGUGUGCAGUUUGCGCUGGUACAAGCAAAUGCAGGCUCUAUUAAAUUUAGAAAUUGCAGAUCAAAAUCAUAUGAGGGCUCUCUUACAGUGGGGAGCCAUUUCAGCAUUGAAUCUGAUGGAAGCAUCUGGUAAUUGGACAUACAAAGAAUCAUGAAAUUGUGUUCUGGCUAUGAUUUAAGAGGAUGUGCAAUUAUUUGGAGGAAAUCAGACUAAUCAGUUGAAAUGAAGCCCUUUGUCAAGUCCUGUAUGCAGGGAUGUUGCUGUUGGAUAUCAUCAAAGUGAGAAGCAUGACAUGUUUGCAUCCACUCUUUAUCAAUCUGAAGUGUUUUGCAUCAUUUGAGUUUGCAAUGCUCCUGUGAGGCUAACAGGAUAAAGAUGCUGCUCUAAUGGUGCUGGGGUGCCUCUGCAAAUUUUCUGACUAAUCGUGUUGGAUGCAAUAGCUAUAACAUUAAAUAAUCUAUUUGCUUCCUUAUUGUAUCUUGGUUCUAUUUUCAUUAUACAUCAGUUGUAACCAGUGCACUUCUUCCUCUUUUCUAA